AUUAAUCGGUUUAACGUUUGGUCGGAAAAAACAGGGGUUGAUACCAGAAAGCGAGCCAGAGAAGUUUCGUCCGUGAUUGAUUUAGAAAUCACGGCGGCUCCGAUGAAUCCUCCACCGUCUACUCCGCCGCAGUUUAUCGGCCGUCGACAAACUCCUAAUGUAGUAUCCACCGGUCUUCGUUUGUCUCAGGGGCAAUCGCAGAAUCGAGAACAGCGGUUUCCGAUAAUAACCGGAGAUAUCGCCGGAGAAAUCAAACGGCAAACGGAUGAAUUAGAUGGAUUUCUACAAACUCAGGGAGAGCAACUGAGGCGCAUGUUAGCGGAAAACAGUGAGAGGCACUAUCGUGAACUUUUGAGAACGACGGAAGAAUCUGUUCGGCGGAGAUUAAGAGAAAAAGAAACGGAGAUCGAGAAAGCCAUGCGUCGUCACGCGGAGCUUGAAGCACGUGCGGCGCAGAUCGAGACGGAGUCACGUGCUUGGCAGGUGAGAGCGGCGGCGAGAGAAGCCGAAGCGGCGUCGUUACAAGCUCGAUUGCAACAAGCCUACGCCCAUGGCGGUGGAGUCACGGCGGCAGAACCAAAAUCGGGAAGCGUAGACGGUGUGGAUGAAGCCGAAGACGCUGAAUCAGCUUACAUUGAUCCCGAUAGAUUCGAAUUGAUCGGACCGAGUUGUAGGAUUUGCAGGCGACGAUCGGCGACGGUGUUGGCUUUGCCGUGCCGUCAUUUGGUUCUGUGUAAAGGAUGCGACGGCUCUGUGCAAGUUUGUCCGCUUUGCCUUAGCUCGAAGAAUUCAAGCGUGGAGGUUUUCUUUUCUUGA